UAGUAGGCAGGCAAAGACCGGUUAAGCCGUUUAGAUUUGUCUUUGAGAAGGGCACAUGAAUGAAUGAAUAGUAGAGAAAGAAAACGAAGAAGCGAGAAAGAGAAAAAGAGAGAGAAAAAAAAGUGUAUUAAUCAAAGAGCAGUGAAUGGGGAGAUGGAGAGCUUCCCUGAUCCUGUCGAACAUGGCGAGAAUAAUAACAAUACCCAAAUCCACUAACCCUAACAUUUCUCCUCACCUUCUCAAUCCUCUCCGUCUCUUGCUUUCUUCAAACUCCACAAAUCGAUUCUUUUCUGCACUCCCAUCUCCAUCACCCAUUUAUGACAAUGAUUUCUAUUAUAGGCUCCCUAAUUUUGAUGCUCUGGACUCCAAGCAAGAUCUGGAUACCCCCAAAAUCCCCAUCAAAGCUUAUUUUCUUUGCACCAGAUUCAUGAUUUUGGCAGUAUUGAUUUGAAGAGCAUGCAUGCCGAGAAUUCGAGCAAUGUUGUUCCUCCCACCUCUCGCUCAUCAAAUUAUAUUGCUCUCAGAUUCUGCAAUUUCCCUUCAAAAACUACUGGCAUUAGAAUUGAAGAAAAUGUGAGCUGCUGCCAUUAUAUGGUUGUAUUUCAAUAUGGGUCUGCUGUCCUGUUUAAUGUCGAGGAUCAUGAAAUUGAAUUUUAUUUGGAAAUUGUUAGAAGGCAUGCUUCUGGAUUGCUUCCAGAGAUGAGGAAGGAUGAUUAUGCUGUAAAAGAGAAGCCAACGUUGAUUGAGGAUAUGCAGGGAGGCCCAGACUACAUUGUUCUGAAAAAUCUGGACACAGAUAGUAUCCGCAUUAUUGGUAGUGUGCUUGGUCAAAGCAUUGCUCUGGAUUAUUUUGUAUCACAGGUUGAUGGUAUGGUUGAAGAAUUUACAGAUAUAAAUCGUGGUAUGGAAAAAACUGGUACUUUCACAAUGAAGAGGAAGAAGCUCUUUCAACUCGUUGGAAAGGCAAAUUCAAAUCUAGCUGAUGUGAUUCUCAAAGUUGGACUUUUUGACAGGUCAGAAAUUGCUUGGAGAGAUGCAAAAUAUAGUCAAAUAUUUGAGUACCUUCGGGAUGAGUAUGAGGUCACUCAGCGAUUUGGAAACCUUGAUUUUAAAUUGAAAUUUGUGGAGCACAACAUUCACUUUCUUCAGGAAGUCCUCCAAAACAGAAGGUCGGAUCUCCUGGAAUGGUGCAUCAUAUUCUUGUUGAGUAUCGAAAAUAUUAUAUCAGUAUACGAGAUUGUUUGUGAAUCAACUGUAGUUCCCAUGUGAUCAGAAGGUACACAAUAUUCCUAUUCAACAGCAAAUAAAUAUCACUGUAUUAAAAUUCAGCCAUACAGUUCAAGCAAAGCGACACUUGUUUUGUAUUCAUUGACCUUGGUAUUUCUGGCAAUAGUUGGGUAAGGUUUAAGUUUCAUUAAGAAGAUGGCCUUCUAAAUUGAUGGCUUGAGCAGAGGAAAUUUUUUAUUUAUUUUUUGAUAUGUAAUGAGAUACGCAGAAAAACCUCAUCAUUAUGUAAUGUUUAUAAUUGGAUUUCAUUGUGAGGUAUUUGGGUACUUUGUGAUAAUUGAACAAGAUCUUCAUUUUGUACAUAAUAUUGACAAUUAGUUCA